GGAGUUACAAACUAUUUCCGAAGCCAGCUGCUGCUCCCGCUCUCUGAAUUUCCCCCGUGGCAGAACAAGCCCGUAGAAACCACCACCGCAGAGAUCCACCGCUGCGGCCGGGGCUCCGCUGCUUCUUUGGCACAAAACCCUUCGCUUAUUUUUCUAUAUAUCUAUAUUCUUCUUCUUUUUUUUUUUUUUUUUUCCUCCUCCACGCGUGCCGCCGCCCCGCAGCCUCCUCCCCCGGCUGCCGUGUGCGUGUGCGGUGGUGGUGUCGCCGCUCCGCGUGUGCGUGUGCACCCGUGACACGGCGGAUCGGCGAAGCUGCUCCUCCAACUUUCCUGCCUAAAUUUGGCCGGAACAUGUCUCUGACCAACACAAAGACGGGCUUUUCGGUGAAGGACAUUUUGGACCUCCCCGACACCAACGAUGAGGACGGCUCCGCCGCGGAGGGCGGCGAGGAAGAGAGCGAGGCGCCGGAGCCGCCCAAGAAAGCGGGAGUUUUGGGACAAACCCCCUUGGACACUGUUCAGACGCUGCCUUUGAAGAACCCUUUCUAUGAUAAUAGCGAUAAUCCCUACACGCGUUGGCUGGCGAGCGCCGAGGGCAUCCAAUACUCCCUGCACGGGCUGACGGCCGGCGGCGGCGGCCAGGACCCCUCGGCCAAGUCACCGGAGCCGUCGGCCGACGAGUCGCCCGACAACGAGAAGGAAGCGGCGGGCGGCGGGGACGCGGGGAAGAAGAGGAAGAGGAGGGUGCUCUUCUCCAAGGCGCAGACCUACGAGCUGGAGCGGCGGUUCCGGCAGCAGCGGUACCUGUCGGCGCCGGAGCGGGAGCACCUGGCCAGCCUGAUCCGCCUCACCCCCACGCAGGUGAAGAUCUGGUUCCAGAACCACCGCUACAAGAUGAAGCGGGCCCGGGCCGAGAAAGGUAUGGAAGUGACUCCUCUUCCCUCCCCGCGGCGGGUGGCCGUGCCGGUCUUAGUCAGGGACGGCAAGCCCUGCCACACGCUCAAAGCUCAGGACUUGGCAGCCGCGACUUUCCAGACGGGAAUCCCCUUCUCCGCCUAUAGCGCCCAGUCUCUACAGCAUAUGCAAUACAACGCCCAGUACAGCGCUACCAGCAACCCCCAGUACCCCACAGCACACCAUUUGGUACAAGCUCAGCAAUGGACUUGGUGAACGCUGGAGGGGAGCGCGCACACACGCACACACUACCCACACACACACACACACACGCGCGCGCGCGCAAAAAGGAGGAAAAACAAAAAUAAUAAAUAGAGAGAAAGAGACAGACUGAUGCUCCAAAACUAAAAUCAAAACUGCGGGGGAAGGAAUGGAAAGGGAAACGCUAUUAUUAUUAUUA